GGUGCUGGUUUUACUGUGGCCACAAAAAACUGCGAAAUCAAGGAGAAGGACAGCGCCCCGAAUAACUGUAAACCUCUGCAAACUGCGAGCGGCACCGCGCUGGAAAUGGGACCGGGGUCGUGUCCUCCGGGUGGUCGGACAUUAAAAGAGAGCACCGUUUGAUCCAAGAGAAGCGUGCCUUGUAAGGAAGCAGGAUGUUCACAGGCUCCACCAAACUGCCACCCACUAAAACCCCCCAGCCCGAGCGGCUGGAUGAAGUGUACGCUGCCUUACGCCGAGGCUUACAGUCGUACCUGCAAGUCCACCAGCUGGAGCUGGACAGCCUGGGGCAGCAGAUCAGAGAAAACAAGAGGAAUGGUCGCUUGGGGUCUUUGUAUGAGUUGGAUAAGCAAGUGAAAGCCAUCGAGAGGUUCAUGCGUCGCUUGGAGUUCCAUCUCAGUAAGGUUGAAGAACUGUACGAUGCUUAUUGUAUACAGCGGCGACUGCGUGAUGGAGCCAGCAAGAUGGUGGCAGCAUUUAAUUCUGCCAGUGGCAGCAAGGAGGCCAGAGAGAGUCUGAGUGAAGCCAACAAGGGCUACAGGGAAUGUACAGAGCACAUGUGCUCACUUGAGAGCGAAUUAGAAAGCCAGAUGGGAGAAUUUCAUGUGAAGAUGAAGGGCCUGGCUGGGUUUGCACGGCUGUGUGCUGGUGACCAGUAUGAGGUCCUGAUGCGUUAUGGGCGCCAGCGCUGGAGACUACGAGGUCGCGUUGAAGUCAGCAACAAGCAGAUAUGGGACAGUGAGGAGUAUAUUUUCCUGCCUCUCAUUACAGAACUGCUGUCAAUCAAGGUGACGGAGCUGAAGAGCCUAGCUAAUCACGUGGUUGUGGGCAGCGUGUCCUGUGAAAUGCUCGAUCUGUUCUGCCCGCUGCCUCAGACGCUCGCCGUGGAUAUCAACGACCUUGGGACAGUGAAACUGAACUUGGAGGUCACCUGGAGCCCAUUUGAUAAGGAUGACCAGACAUCUUCCUCCAGCACAGUUUCUAAACGCCUGCUGUCCAAUCAGAGCCCUCCUGACACACCCUCUAUGCGAGAGCAGGUGUUUUAUAGCGUGCCUCGUGGCGGGCAGAGGCAGAGCCGUAUGCUGGUCGAGGCUUUCCACCGCAUCAUGGCGUACAGGGCGGCGACCUUACGUUGUGAAUUCAGCCGUGCGGCGCCUCAGCUCACCACGGCAGAGUCGUCUCUGCUGAAGCGGCAGGGGGAAAUGGAGAACGGGACCGUCUGGUCCAAUUCCUCUGAAUCCUCCGAUGACUCAUCCAGUCCAGCACUGGCUCAUCACACUCAGAGGCUGACAGCAUCCAACUUGCUGCAAACCACUCUCACUACUCAGCUGUCGUUUACUCCACACAAGUCCAGCGCGUCGACGCCCUCGCUUUCAUCCAACCAGGAGGAGGAUGAGACUGAAGCCGGCGAGGUUUUCCCUCAGACAAACGGCCACCUGCAGGCUUCCUGCUCUCACAGCCUCACCGGUGAGAGUGGCCCAGACUGUAGUGCAACUGACAGGGUGUCUGUCCAGUCAGAGGAGCUCUCUGAAACCUCGGCAGACCUGAGUUGCUCCUGCCCUGACAUCUCUCAGCCUCCUACACCAUUUGCGCAGAGGCCAGAUGUGUCUGCAGAGGUAAACGAUGAUCCGUCCGUGGACUCGUUAGCGCAGGCUGAACAGACUGAAGCAGAAACAGAUGCUGAAGCAUUAGAGGAACACAAUGUAGACCAAAGUCAGCCGCAUCAGUCCGUCCAGGAGUUGAAACGAGCUGAGGAUGCUCCAGCGCCUCCUUUCCCUACGUCUGCAAGUUUCAACCAGGAAGUCGAGACUGCCCUCGAAAGCUUUGACUUUCUCAACUGCUCUGAUCUCGAUGAAGAAGAGGAAGAUCAACAACAAGAAGAUGAUGGAGGAGAGGAAGAAGAGCGGGAAGAGAAAUGUGAAGAGGACCAAAACAAAACGGAAGUAGAGGAAAUUAAAGAAGAAGAAAAGAAUGCCGAAAACCUGUACUGUGGAGGAAGCAGUGAUGAAGAAGAGGAAGCACAUGGUCUUGAGAUUCUUAUGGAAGCACCAGAAGGAUUUAGGAACUCGGAUGAAGACCGUUUCUCUGAAUCACAGGAGUCAAGUGUGGAUGACAUGCAGGAUUUGGGUCAUAUAGAAAUUCCUGAGGGAAAGGAAGAGGAGCCCAGCAGGGAGAAGGGAUUCGAGGAUAACGGAGAGGAUCAGGAAGAGUGUCCCUCCACUCCCAGUCAGCUGGCCACAUCUGACUUCUAGUGACACCGCAGAACCUAAACCAUUUCUCCCACUCUGAAAUACCGGUGCCAUCUGUCUCUCUGUUACACUGCAGGAUUGGAGGCCUUGAGGAUGUUCCACUUACUGCUCAGACAAACGGACUCCUCCAUCAUGGUGGAGUUUGUGCACAUAUUCGCCUUGUUCUCACCAGGAAUGAUAAACCUCGAGGUUUCUGUACCUCAGUCAUGACUGUAAACACACACACACACACACACACACACACACACACACAGAAUACACAAUGCACACACACUUCACACACAGAAUACACACCCAGAAUACACACCCACAGACACACUCCUCCUCCUCCAGCAGUAAUCAUACUUUGAAAACACACUUCAUCAUGUGCUCUGGGUUAAGUGGGACCCCACAUACGUUUACACUUUCAGAAACUGCUCCUGUCAUGUGAAAACUCAGUGUCCAAAAGCGUUUCAGGAACAGCUUAAAGCGGCCUUUUUUUUUUUUGGUUUGGUUUUUAAGUGAUCUAAUCAUUUUCAGAUGGUUUUAUAAGUUCAAGUUGAUGUUUUUUCAAGCUACAGAGACGCAUACAAUCAGUUACCAAGAUGCAUUAUAGUGUCUUCAGAAAAAAAAAAAUUGUAUUUGUGGAUAUGGAAGAACUACCGAGGUAUUGAUUUUCAGUGUUAAAUCUGUGCACAGCCCGGAGCUCUUUCACUGAGAGAGGAAAGGACUUCACAAGCAUGUGAUGUUUGUCUGAAGACAUAAAGUGAUUUCCAAAGGAGGAAUGUACCCUAAAAGUGAAAAUUUCAGGCUUCAGAGACAGUUACUAUUACGAAACACACACCUGGAGUGCAGAGGUUACAUUUAAAGGUUAAAGCUGUACCAGCACCUAAGCUGUUAUUAGAAACUUACACUUGAAGGAUAGCAGAAGUCAGAAACAACCUGCAGUGUGAAACUAUAUUUAAACCUGCAUGUGUAGCUGCCUCACACACACUGCCAGCAUGUCUGCAUACGAAGCUCAGAUGAGCAGUAUAGGUGUGUAAGCUCAGCCCCGCUCCGAGAAAGCCAUCCGGUCUGUGACUGUGUCAAAAAGCCGCCUAACGGGGGCGCUAUAGUCCGUCAUGCUUUACAUGUUUCUUUAACAGCCUCGUCAUUCAGAAAGUGCCUCAAGCGAUGUAAGGUUUUAAAUGCCACGACAGGAGAGAUCAGGCAAAAGAGAACAGUGUUUAUUUUCGGAAUUACUUUGAGAGUGUGCACAAUAAGAGAUAUUUACUGUUUCAUAUAAAGAAUUGUAUAUGUCCUGAAAUGUCAAAAUGUUUAUGUUCAGAAAUGUUUAAACUUUAUAAAGGUUUCUUUAAAAUUAA